CUGUUUGCCCUGCAGAGCAAGUCGUCGUCUGUUUACAAUGCGACACUGGUGUGCUUUUUCUAAAUUCGUUUCUGCGUCAGUAUUAUCCGAAUCUGAUGGAGUACACCUGAAAGUGGCUAUUUAGCUUUGCGUCAACGUUUCACGUUUGAUGUUCACGACAUCGUAGUAGGAUUCUAAUGUUGUGAUAAAAAAGUAAUAAUGUGUGAAGUGAUCGAAACUGAUGGGCGUUGCUAUAGCAGACGACUGUUUUGUAGCAACAUCGAAUCGACCGUUGAGUGAUCGCGAGAUCUGUAAUUCAAACCGAAUAACAUGAAGAGCAUAUUGUGAAGCGUGUUUCAGGGGUCACUGCGAGGAUGUGCAAUUCUAUUUCGGCGAAUGGCUCAGAGUAGUCUUCUCAAACGUGAACUGGCGCGCAAAGGUCGCAGCUCCAAAUCUAUUGAAGUUAAAUUGGAGCUGGGACACCGAGCUGUACUUCGAAGUAAGCCCACCGCCGAAGGUUUCACGCACGAUUGGACAGUAUUUGUCCGAGGUCCCGAAGGGUGUAACAUCCAGCACUUUGUUGACAAGGUCGUCUUCCUCCUGCAUGACAGCUUUCCCAAACCUAAACGAGUGCUCAAGGAACCACCGUAUCAGGUCUCGGAAAGUGGCUAUGCGGGUUUCAACAUGCCCAUCGAGGUGUACUUCAGGACGAGAGAGGACCCCAAGAAGGUCAAGUUUGUGUACGACCUCUACCUAUCCCUCGACGGAACACCCAUCUCAAACAUCCGCUGCGAGAAGCUCACCUUUCAUAACCCGCCCGACGACUUUUGUCACAAGUUGCUCAAAGCUGGAGGGACGGAGUCCAACCGCAGUGGCUCCAGCACAUCGCCCGCUCCUCCGUCUACAAACGCCUCUAAUUCGCCGAAGGUGAAGGAGCGACAACGGAGCGAGGGCCACAAGAAGCCGCGCCUCUCAACCGAUAUGGGAAAGAGCCCUUCUGUAGAACCCACCCCUUCUCCUCUUCCUCCGCCUGUUCCCUCACCACAACCACCCACUCCUAGUCAGCCAUUCACCGAGCUGUUUGGGACGCCAAUCAAGAGGGACCAGCUUGUCGAAAAACCAUCCAAGAACAAGGAUUCCAAAAGCUCUCAGAAGUCAAAGUCCAGCAAGAGCCACGGCAGCAGUAGUGCCGUUCUCCCGAAGCCACCGGCGUCAUCCUUACCAUCAAAAGAACACAAGAGCAGCUCAAAAGACAAAGAACGACACAAAGAAUCUUCGAAGGAAAAGUCUCGCGAUAAGGAGAGGGACAGGGAGAAAGUUAGAGAAUCCAAACCGAUCCCCAGUGAAAACGUAGACGCAAAGCCGGUCGUUGCGGACUCUGAAAAGAAGCCGGAGAAGGAGCAGAAGCACAAGGACAAAACGAAAGAAAAAUCAAAAAGCAAGUCCAAGGACAGGUCAUCGAAGGACACCUCGUCGAAAAGCAACACAGAAUCAAAAUCGAAAGACCCGGCCUCAAGGUCUUCCUCCUUAACGAUUCCCUCACGCCGCCCUUCAUCUCCUCCUGCGGAUCCUCCUCCUAAAAAGCCGCGCCCUCCGUCACCUCCUCCCGAAAGGGAGAAGAAAAAGAAGGAAUCAAGGUCAUCGUCCCAUCCACUUAAGGAGUCGCCAAAAAAACCACCACCCCUAAUUCCACCCAUCUCCGAUCCGACUCCGGAACGCCGACUGUCUGAAGCCGACAUGGACUUGUCCCUGACUCCAUCUCCAAAGCCAUUCCUCCCCUCAUCCCCGCCGCUGAGUCGGGACGAAAGCCCGAGCCCUACGUUGCCGCCGGUACCUCCCUCCAGCUUGCUGAAUCCCAAACAGGAAGUACACCCCGGUAAAGCCGAGCCCAUAAGUCCCACACCGAAAGGACGCGGUCCCGUCCCGUCGCCCGGUCCGCCGCCGCCAUCCAGUCCCGGAGCCGUCCCGGCCUCGACGGCGCGGGGUCCACUCAACGCGUUGAUGAUGGAGAUGGAGCAGGAAGACCUGCUCUCUCCGCUUUCGAGUCCGUCGGCCUCCAGUCCAGAACACCAUCAACGUACGUCGGCGGCAGCGCACGGCGUUACUCCGGACGAGAGUGUGCGACGAGUUGAGAACAAUCUUGUUUCUCGGUCCGGGGAGCACAUCAAAGAACUGAAGGAACUGAAAUCGCGAAUUCUGAAUCUCAACGAUCCGCACAGGCUGCAGGCAGUCGUCGAUUUGGUCGAGGAGACGGGACUGUACAAAAUGACGUCCGCGACGUUUGAUUUUGACCUUUGUGCCCUGGACCCAAUGACGUUGGACAAGCUGCAGGAUUGUCUCAACGGGCGGUGACUAUGAUCGACAGUAUUGUGCGCUCCAUUCAAAAUGUGUCUGAUGUCUCCACAUCUGGUUGUUUGCCAAAGAACAGUAUGCACUGCUAUGCACAAGAAAUGGUACAAAAGGUUGAGAUUGUGACUGAUGUUCAUCGUCAUAUCUGUGCAAUGCAUUGUUUUUCUUUUGUUUUUUACCUUAACGCGCUACUUGUGAUUGAUUGUGGUCGAAGUAAAUGGUUUCGAUCGGAGGUAUAUGUCAGGAUCGUGCCGAUUAAGUUUGUUGCAUGCAGCAUAGUUGAUACUUUAGAGACAUAUCCGGGGCCCUACAUGGACAUAUUUUUGUAUUUGCUUCACACCUGCGCCUCCAUGCUGAGCAUCUUAUAAAACUUAUGUCAUGAUGACAUUGCAUAGUUAUAGUUAGUAUGCAAUGCAUGAUGACAUUGCAAGUGACAUUGCAUAGUCAUGAUGUCAUGCAACUAUUGCAUAGUUGCAUGCAAGUUCAUGCAACUAUUGCAUAGUUGCAUGCCACUGCAUAGUUCCAGCCUCUGACUGCAACCACCAGAUUUUCAACAAAAAAAAAAAGCUUUUAGGGGAAUUCCAAUUCAUUGCACAAAUUACACGCUCAUGACGAUUAAAUUCACUAUAGUAUAUUCCUCUGAGCAGGGUUCUGUAGCAUACUUACAAUUCUAUCUUGGGCAUUUUAAGAGGGGGGGCGGGGCACCCUGAACCCCCUCAAUUUCUGUCGUUACAUAGAGUUUCAAUUGACCUUAGGUAGUGCACUCUCCAAGGCCCCGUCCUCCCAGAAAAAACCUGGAUCCGCCCUUGCUUUUUAUGCAUAUGGUUCCUUCAGCUGGCAAUAAUAGAACAGAAGUGAUGUUUCAACAUGGGAAGCAAAGGCUGUCAAAAUUUCUCUCCCUAGCUUUACAAAUUAUGAAAUCAUCAGCUUCAUUUGGGACUACGGGGUUAAACCUGUUUUUAAAUCGGCAUUUUGUUUCCUUUCGCUUUACAUUGCAAUUGGCAUCAGCUACCUCAGAUGAGGCAGACAUCCUACAGAUUCAGUAUAUUGUCAGAAAUGCAUCCCAAAUGACCUCGGAUAUCUGCAGGUGUUGCAGUUUUCUGCGUGUCGACCAUUGUUGUGUGUUCAUGCGCUGUACAGAACAGAGUGCCGCAACUUUUGUUCCGGUUAAUUGUUGCAAUAUGUGAGUGGGUACAAUGAUGCACGUAGUGUAUAUGUUUGGUAUUGUUGUAGAUUAUCUUACACCCUACCCCGAGGGUUCUUUUGCGGUGUUCAUUCACACUCGGCAUAACCAGAAUCCUCACAAUAAUGUUCUAAACGGUGUGGUUUAAACUGGUUUAUUAUUGCAUACUUACCAGUGGGAUUCCAGUUCAUUUGCUUGUACAUAGUGUGUCAUAUUAUUUAUACCUGUUCAUCAUUCGUAAUAACUGAUGUCUGUAAAUAUACUUGUGUAAAGUUGUUGUUUGGCAAGUUUCAGACAGUGUUUCCAGAGGUAUUACCUACUAAUGCUUGUAGGAAUGGGCAUUUACGUGAAAGGGAACGACCCCCUGCAUUACAAUACAACAUCAGCCCCUACAUAAUAAAAUGCAUUUCCAAAGCCUA